AUGGUGGCGCGAACAUUCACCAAUGCGGCUCUUUCGGCUGGAAAGGCUGUCGGCCUCGGCGCCCCGCCAUCUUCUUCAUCCAUCCGGUCCUUGCGGCAGGACUCUUUUGCCGCCGUUCCAUGUCUUCGGUGCCAGUGGCGAGCACUGAGCGUAUCGCAGUCGCGCAGAGACACAAAGGCAACGCCCACAAGCCAGUCAGAGCCGAAGGCCCCGGCUCUGGAGCUUGCCUCUGCUUCCUCGCCAAGUCCGCUGGUAAAUGUCCCUCGCUCCUACGGCGAGCGUCCUAAAGAAUUCACGCCGACGCCGCUCUCCCGACCCAUCGGUAUGCCUCUGCCGCCGCUGGCCGGUGAAAACAGCGGAAUUGACUUUCGGACUCUGCGCCAACGCCGUGACGACUUUGUCGACUACGAGAAGCAUCUAGUGCGAAGACAGGAGUUGAAAAAUAAAAUCAUCAAGCCCUACUUCCGCGACUGGACCAAUCUCCAAUUCCACAAAGGCAAGACGUUCAUCGCGCCACCGCGUCUCUUCCGUGCCGAUCUCUCGCUCUACUUCCCCAACAUCAUGGGCGAGCGCCUGCUUUCUGCCGACAAGUCGGUCACCUCAGAGCUAGCGGACACGACUCCUAUACUGCAGCAGAGCGCUGCAUCCGUGGUGGCCAUGUUCAGCAGCCUAUGGGCCGAGAACCAGGUCCGCAGCUUCGUAUCGCCCGAGGCCAAUCCAGCAUUGGCGGAGCUGAUCAACACACACCCCAAAAAUGCGGCGGGAGGCGGAAGUGCCAACCGUUGCAGCUAG